CAUUUUUAAGAAAUCAGCACAGCAACAUGUUAAGGACAUUUGUGACUCAUGCCGUUGAAGUCAAAUCAGCGCUGUCAUAGAUUGUGUUGCUGAUUUUGUUCAGACUGUCAUUCCUGUUCUGCAGCAUCUGUUGAACGCAGUGAAUUGUGUUGCUUUCUAAGAAAAUAUUCCUAUGAAAAGGUGAACCAGACAUACUGUGAUCAAGAAUUUAAUGUAGAGACCUAAUACCAGUAUAUUUUAAUCCAACCAUAUACUUUUGUUGUGUCAUCCACAAAGCUUCACUUGUGUCUUUUUUAUAAACUGGCGGUUCAGGUCUUAUAGGUUUUUCAUACAACAGGCAGUGCUGCCCCUGGACCUGUGCCAAAGGACCAUAUUCGCUUAUACAGCAUGAGAUUCUGCCCUUUUGCCCAAAGAACAAGACUGGUGCUUCAUGCCAAGGGAAUUAAACAUGAUAUUAUCAACAUCAAUUUGAAGAAUAAACCUGAUUGGUUUUUGGAGAAAAAUCCUCUUGGUUUAGUCCCAGUGCUGGAAACACAGAGUGGUCAGGUGAUACACGAGUCACCAAUCACCUGUGAGUAUCUGGAUGAGGCGUACCCUCAAAAGAAACUCCUUCCAUCUGACCCUUUUCAGAAGGCCCAACAGAAAAUGCUACUAGAGGAUUUCUCAAAGGUGACUCCAUUCUUCUAUAAAAUCCCAAUGGGAAAGAAUAAAGGAGCGGACGUCUCAGAACUUCAAACAGAACUUAAAGACAAACUCACCCAUUUAAACAAGAUGCUCGGCAACAAGAAGUUUUUUGGAGGGGAUUCGAUCACAAUGAUUGACUACAUGAUGUGGCCAUGGUUUGAGAGAAUGGAGAUGCUGGAACUGAAGCCAUGCUUGGACAGCUCUCCUGAAUUAAAGAAGUGGAUUGAGCACAUGUUGGAGGAUCCCAGUGUGAAAGCUAUAAUGUUCAGCACAGAAAUCUACAAGGCCUUCUACAAGACCUACAUGGAGGGAAUCCCCGAUUAUGAUUAUGGGGUUUUAGAAUAAAUCAUUUUCAGUGAUAACAAACAAUGAAUAUUAUCCGAUUUAACUGAAAUCAUGCUAGAUCUAUUCAAGGUUUGAUAAUCUUACAAUCAGAUCUUUUAACAGUGUCUGUAGCUGGUAAAACUCCUGUCGUGGAUAUAGUGCUGGUGACAGUGAUUUGUGAAAUAUUCAGUUGAAUGACAUGCAGCCAUUAAAAUCUCUGUGUGGUGAAAGAAAUGAAUGACAUUAAACAAAUUGCAACAAG